GCCUCCAGCACCAUCCCGGCCCCGCUCCCGGCCCCGCUCCCGGCAGCGCCUCCCGCUUCCGCCGCGCCGGGGGCGGGACCGGCCCCGUUAAAGGCGGCGGGGCCGGGAGGUGCCGUGUCUGCCCCGCCAUGGCCCAGCCGCCCGAGCAGGAUCUCCUGCUGGCAGCAGCGUUUGUCUCCGAUGCGCAGUACAACAGGAAUAUUCCCUUCAAGACCUCCCCCGAGGCGGUCAGGCUUUAUUAUCUCUACAACCACUGGAUGAUGCGAACAGCCACCUACUUCUUCAUCUUUCUCAACCUGUCCCUUGCCAUGUUUGAAGAGCCUGCUGUGUAUCCGCUCCCCUUCCUGGUCACAUCCGUGCUGGAGGUGUUGUGCCUGCUGGUGUUCCUGGGCCGACUGGCACACUUUGCCACAGUCACCCAGCACAGCGUGUUCUGGAAGGACACCAAGAACAUCUGCAUCAUGGUGGCAAUCCUGUUAUCCCUGACAGACUUGGCCAUCUAUGGGGUGCUCAGGGUGUACGGCGUGAGGAGCAUCCGAUGGUCGAGGAUUGUGAGGCCCAUCUUCCUGAUCAACUUUGCGGAGAGUCGCCAGAUCCGGAGAGCCUUCCGCAGCAUCCGCAACACGCUGCCAGAGAUCACCUACGUCUUCCUGCUCUUCAUGUUCAGCCUGCUCAUGUUCUCCCUCAUGGCCCUGAAGCUGUUUGGAGAGAGGAAUCUCCAGACAGCAGAAGGUUUGCCAUAUUUCAGAAACUACCUGGAAAUCGUGUUUGACCUCUACGUGCUGGUGACGACGGCGAACAGCCCGGACGUCAUGAUGCCAGCAUUUGACUUCAGCUCCUGGUACGCCCUGUUCUUCAUCGCCUUCGUCAUCGUCAACACGUACAUCUUCAUGUCUCUCUUCCUGGCUGUGGUGUACAACAACUAUAAAAAACACCUCAAGAAUGAGAUCCGUAAGCUCGCUUACAUGAAGCGCCGCAAGAUGAUUGAGGCCUUCAACCUCCUGAAGGAAGAGGAGGGGGAGCAGCUGGUGGUUCGAGAAGCCCGCUGGAAGCAACUGGUCAAACUGGUGGCUCCUGAUAUCAGCAACUCCCACCGGGAGCUGCUGCUCCGCAUCUCAGAUGAUGAGCAGAAGGGGUUCAUAGACAAGAAGUCCUUCGUGCAGCUGGCAGACCUGCUGAACAUCCAGGUGGUGACGCUGACGCUCCGCAGGCACCCCCUGGCGCGGUGGGCGCCCCGCGCGUACGGCUCGGUGGCCAGCCGGCUCCUGCGCGGCCUGGUGAGGCACAGGGCUUUUGUUUGGGCUUACGAUGCAAUCAUCCUGAUAAAUGCCAUCUUUAUCGCUCUGGAUGAGGAAACCCCUUACGUCUCCUACGCCGAGUGGGUGUUCCUGGCGCUGUACAUCGGCGAGAUCCUCCUGAAGCUGUACACGUACGAACCGAGGGCCUUCUUCGGGAAAACCCAGUUCUGGAACUGGUUUGACACUCUCAUCAUCUUUGCUGCCCUGACUGCAACGAUUCUCAAUGCCACCCUGAAGUCGACCACGAAGUACAACAGCCAGCAGAUCCUGGACAUCGUGUUCAUCCUGCGAGUCCUGCGGCUCAUCCGCAUCGUCGACAGCAUUCAGAGGUUCCGGGUCAUCAUGAACACCCUGAUAAACAUCGUCCCGACGAUGCUGACUUUUGGUGGGCUGACUCUGGUUGUGUACUGUGUGUUCGCUAUCAUUGGCAUGGAGCUGUUCCACGGGAAGAUCCAGUUCUUCCCCGCCGACUCCAGCGCUCCUCACGCGCUGGCGUGCGGGAACGCGGCCCUGAAGGACUCCCUGUUUGCCCGGGGCAAGUACUGCAAGAACAACUUCAACGACUUCGCCUCCUCCUUCAUCGUCCUCAUGGAGCUCACCGUGGUCAACCAGUGGCACGUCUUUGCCAACGGAUUUGCCAACGUGACAGUUCAGCCUGCCAAGCUGUACUUCAUUGCCUUCCACAUUGUGAUGGUGAUAAUCAUUGUCAACAUCUUCGUGUCCUUCAUCUUGGAAGCUUUCUUUGUGGAGUACUCCCUGGAGAAGAGUGAAGUGGAAACUGCCAUCGAGCAGAAAAUCCAGGAGCUGGGAAUGGGAGUUCAAGAGGAUGAGCUCCAGGAUGAACAGCUCCUGGAUAACAUGGAGAGUGACGAGCACGAACUCGAGGGGGAAGGUGGCACGAAGGCACAGCCCAGAGGGCUGGUGUUUAAAAUUGCCUCCAAACGAUACAGGACGGUGGAUGCUCUGCUCCAGCGCAUGUUUGAGGCAGAGAUUCCCCUGGAGGAUGAAGGCCCUUCCUUUGAAGAGAUCCUGAACUUGUCCCCCAGCGCUGCCGUUCCCAGGAAUCCGAGUUCGGCGUGACGGGCGGGGCAGGAGGGAGGAGCCGAUUCCCGGCUCUCCAGAUCCCUGGAGUUGUUCCCUGGCUGCUCCCGUGCGGGGCCCGGGUCGCGCGGUGGAAGGGGCAGCUGGUGCCCCGAACAGCUCCGUCAUGGAAAGGAGCUUUAUCCCAUGUACAGGCUGUAAAUGCCGGGUUGGAAGGCGAGGGGGGUCGGGGGAUCUGGCUGUGCCGGAUGUUAUGGGAUAAGUACUUUUGUAACUGGAAUUCUGUAUGGCAGCACUUUCCUAUGCAGCUCUGGAGCAGUGACACUGGGGGGAGUGGCUCUGGAGCACAAUAAAUCCAGCAGUGUGCAAAAACAA